AUGGCGUUCCUGCUCAUGUCUGUGACUCUGCUGCACUUGAUCACGUUGGCCAUGCUCUUCAUCGCCACCAUGGAGAAGUCCUGGUGGGUUUGGGAUGAAGUGAAGAACUCAGACCUCUGGUAUAACUGCAUGUUCGAUAACACCACAGGAUCCUGGCUGUGUGCGUCUGCUGGAGAGAAUGAAUGGCUGCAGAGUAUCCAGGCCCUGAUGGUUCUGUCUGUGGUCUUCUCCUCCAUUUCCUUCCUGGUCUUCCUGGUUCAGCUCUUCACUCUCUCUAAAGGAGGGCUCUUCUACUUCACCGGCCUGUGCCAAGUCUGUGCAGGUCUCACGGAUUUCGCUGUCUGCCUCAUCUACACCCUGCGGCACAGGGACAUCCUGCAGGACUCCGGAGAGGAGUGGGCGGGGCACUUUGGCUACUGCUUUAUCCUGGCGUGGAUCUGUGUGCCCCUCCUGCUGAUCAGUGGGGUCCUCUACGUCCACCUGCGCAAGAAAGAGUGACAGUGGCUCGGGGG